GGUCAGCAGUAAGUGCCCCCGAGAGGGGCCAGGCUGAGGAACGCCUCCUGCCCCGGGUUCUAUUUCCCUUAGUGACAACAACGAGGCUGCCAGUCGGUGCCCGGAGAGAGAAGUUGGUGUGUUUGUUUCGCUAGCCUCUUCCCGGGGGCUGAGUGGGGCUGCUUUGGGGGCGGCCGGCCAGAAUCGGAGGAGAGGAGGAAGAAUCCCGCGCAAUCAUGUUUUCUUUUAAUAUGUUUGAUCAUCCGAUCCCCCGGGUUUUCCAGAACCGCUUCUCGACUCAGUACCGCUGCUUCUCGGUGUCCAUGCUCGCGGGACCUAAUGACAGGUCAGAUGUGGAGAAAGGCGGGAAGAUAAUCAUGCCACCUUCUGCUUUGGAUCAACUCAGCCGGCUUAAUAUCACCUAUCCUAUGCUGUUUAAACUGACUAAUAAAAACUCAGACCGAAUGACCCACUGUGGCGUGCUUGAAUUUGUGGCCGAUGAGGGCAUUUGUUACCUUCCGCACUGGAUGAUGCAGAACUUGCUACUGGAGGAAGGAGGCCUGGUGCAGGUGGAGAGUGUUAACCUCCAGGUGGCGACUUACUCAAAGUUUCAACCGCAAAGUCCCGAUUUCCUUGACAUCACCAACCCUAAAGCAGUAUUGGAAAAUGCUCUGAGAAAUUUUGCUUGCCUGACCACCGGAGAUGUCAUCGCCAUCAACUACAACGAGAAGAUCUACGAGCUUCGAGUAAUGGAGACCAAACCUGACAAAGCUGUGUCCAUCAUAGAGUGUGACAUGAACGUAGAUUUUGAUGCACCGUUGGGUUACAAGGAACCAGAAAGACAGGCGCACCAUGAAGAAGCCACUGAUGUUGAAGCGGACCACACUGGUUACGCGAGUGACCGGGGAUUCCGUGCAUUUUCAGGAUCUGGCAAUAGGCUGGAUGGGAAAAAGAAAGGUGUUGAGCCGAGUCCUUCUCCAAUUAAGCCUGAAGAUAUUCGAAGAGGAAUACCCAAUUAUGAAUUUAAAAUCGGCAAGAUCACAUUCAUCAGAAAUUCGCGGCCACUGGUCAAGAAAAUGGAAGAGGAUGACCCCGGAAGCCGCUUCAUUGCAUUUUCUGGAGAAGGCCAGUCGCUGCGCAAGAAAGGAAGAAAACCCUAAACUCAGCAGAGAGACAAUAAAAUAACCCCGCAGCAGUGUUGUUCACCUUUUAGGUUUUCUUUCUUAAGCAAGGGAGGGGGGGACCCUCUUGCUCCUAAGCGUUUUGGCCCAGUUUGGGUCUUAAGUUGUACUUUCCCGUUCAGGGCUGUUUUUCCUUUUAAGCUGGAGGUCUAAGCCGACAAAUACUUCUCUCUCUGGUAGAUUGCAGAAAGCAGAGCUCCUAGCAUAGUGUCGUCUUGCCUAAGAACAGUGGACUUUUGAUCGUUCACCUGGAAGGCAGCUUUCUUUUUAUGAGAUGUUUCCACAUCUUGAAUUCUUGUUGCUUAAAUGGAACACGUGAAGCUAAGUUGAGGGGCAACCCCCCCCCUAAAGCAAGUGAUGUGCCUAUUUAAUCCCUUACCUGUGUCUUUAUGGCACUAUUAACACUUUGCUCCUGGCAAGCGACUGAAGUAUGAUCUCUGUAUAGAAACAAGUCAGGUGUAAAGCUGUCGCGAUAUAUUUUCGACCUAAGGCAAAUGCCUUCAAGGGAGGGGUAUCCCUGAGAUAAUCAGUUUGCCUGGUUUAUUUGACUGGGGAGGAAGGCUGUCUCUAGGUGCUGGGAAAUACCCCAGUCCAAGGGAGAAGGCUCCAUUACAGCCCCUUCUCCCUGUCAUGCUACCUUUCUAAGUGCAGGGCUUUAUAUAAGGAGCACCCUGAAUUGGUGUAACCUAGUCACAGGUUUGUCACUUCAUAGCUGUGCUGUGUGUCCCUUCCUUUCCUGGAUAACCAAUAUUUGCACCCCUCCUUUAGAAUUUGUUUUUUGUUUCUUCUAAAGUGUACUGUGAUGGCUUUGGAUUCAGUUCAACUCGCCCAAGGGCUUCUAUUCCUUUGAACAGUCAAUACCA